CGGGGAAAGGCGACGCAAGCAGCCGCGACGCCAUUUGCUGCUGUCGAGCGUGGGCGCAAGCGGAUCUCGGAAGAACCCAGUCUCCAGACUCUCCGGCGCACGCUACUCGGCCUCCAAGAGCCUGCUUGGUCCCGCGUGCGCUCUUUCGUGUCUCCCAUUGCGCCCCUCUGAGGAGUCCCCUCCUCCGCCGUUCCCUCUCAGAAAGAAGUCGGAGACUCCGCGAGUCCACCUUCACCGCCAUGCCCAAGAAUAAAGGUAAAGGAGGUAAAAAUAGACGCAGAGGUAAGAAUGAAAAUGAGUCUGAAAAAAGAGAGCUGGUAUUCAAAGAGGAUGGGCAAGAGUAUGCUCAAGUAAUCAAAAUGUUGGGAAAUGGACGAUUAGAAGCAAUGUGUUUUGAUGGUGUAAAGAGGUUAUGUCACAUCAGAGGGAAAUUGAGAAAAAAGGUUUGGAUAAAUACCUCAGACAUCAUAUUGGUUGGUCUUCGAGACUACCAGGAUAACAAAGCUGAUGUAAUUUUAAAAUACAAUGCAGAUGAAGCUAGAAGUCUGAAGGCUUAUGGCGAGCUUCCGGAGCAUGCUAAAAUCAAUGAAACUGAUACAUUCGGUCCUGGAGAUGAUGAUGAAAUUCAGUUUGAUGACAUUGGAGAUGAUGAUGAGGACAUUGAUGAUAUCUAAAUUGAACACAACACUUUACAUUCCAAUUUUUCGGAAGAUUGUCCUGCAGUUUGGAUUUUGGCCAUAACCCUAAAAGAAGAUUAAAUUUUCAUUAGCAUGAUUAUACUUUAUUAAGGCAGACUGUGAUUUGUUUCUAAGGUAUUUGUUUCCUUAAAACUGAUAAUGCUGAAUUAUCUUAAGUGAAACAUUAAGCCCAUUUUGUGCUAUUGAUGUAAUGGAGCUUAUGGAUUGAAGAGCACAUCUAUUUAAAAAAAGAAAAAAAAAUACAUUACUGCCUUUCCUACUUUGAUCACUUGCAGUAAGUAAAUGGAUGUUUUGAAUAAACCAUUUGCCUUGUACUUGUUAUGAAUUAUAAUUAAGCCCUACUUUUGACUAGCCUGUUGACUAUACAGAAUUUUUCUGUAUAUUCCAGUUACCAAAUGUUCCCUAAAAAUUUUGAAGGAGGCAGAAAUCUGCAUUUGAAGUCAAAACAAUACGCCUGUUUUUUUCAUAUUUAAGUAGCAUUUACUUUUACACUAAUUUUGAUAUCUGCAUUCUUUUCAUGAUCUUAUUUUGCCAUCGUAAACAUGGGGGAUGGGGUAUAUUUCUAAAAUGUAGUUUUAGAACCUGGGUUGUAAUAGCAAAUUUUAAUUUGUAAAGGUGGUAGUUACAGAAAUUGAGCACUAGGUGGCACCCAGCUAUCUUAACAUUGGAAAUAUUGGUAGUUUUUUUUUCCCCCCUCAUUACUGUGCAUAGGAAAUUUCCUAAACAAGAAAAGAUUGUUUUGAUCAUAUGUAUGUAGAAUAUUUUUGCAGAACAGAAAGAUUAUGUUAAAAGUGUUAUUUUAUUUUUAGAAGUCAUGUACAAGCUACAUUUUGAAUGCUUUAUUAACACUUAAAAUAUAUAAAUGAUUUAAAUUCAUAACAACUUGUACAAAUUAAGCCUUUUCAACCUAUCCCUAACCUGGGGAAAUAAGGAAAAAUCACAAACUUAAUGAAAACAUGGUCUCCAGUUUCUGAAUGGAAGAGCUACAGCUAAAAAAUAUAAUAAAGAAAACAUCAUGCUGCAGAGUAUAUUAUAUCUUGGUUUGUAUUAAGGAUGUAUUUUAUUAUGUGGAAAGUUUCCUUUGCUUGUGUUAGGAGUGUAGGUAUGUCUUUAGUUUUUCAUUGUCAAUUCUUCAAACCUCACUAGCCACAUUGUAAUCAUAAUACGAUUUUAAAACAGAUCUAUUUAUGUUGCUUGUUGAACUUCUAUUCCAUUGGUCUCCAAAGAUUUUUUUUUUCAGUGAUGAAAAGUAAUACACAUGGUAAUAAACCUUCAUAUGGCUUAAAAAACAAGCAGAGCUUCUCUAAUCCCACUCAAUUAUAAUUUACUUUCCUAAGUGUAAAAACUGAAUUUAAAAUCUGAGGUACCAUAAAACACUAUUAGAACAGUAUAGAGUGCCUCACUGUGGUUUAUGUUUCUUAUUCUAUGGAGUUUCUGAACAUUUAUCUGGGUGGAAUGCAUCUGAGACCAGGGGCUGGUUUUUAGUAUUCAUGAGAAACCGGCCUUGGAGAGUUUUAGUGAUUGUCUUCAUCAGUAACAAAAUAUGAGAUAUUUAGGUUUCUAUACCUAAAAGUGUUUUGCUAAAUUUAUAUUGUACCUUAGAUCUUCCAUGUAAUUUUACCAAGACUGAACUCUGCAUUUGUAAUAUAGUUCCUGGUAGGGAUAGUACAACUCAAAAUUUAGUUUACUUUCUACUUACAUCCUCUAACAAAUAUGAUUUCUUUAAAGAGUUUUUAAAAAUUACAGCUAUGUCCCCAAUUCAUGUAUUUACUGAUGGUAUAUUUUUUCAUGCUUGGGUAGUAACAGCCCAGUAUAUUGCUGUUGCCUCCUGAAAAAAAUGUGGAAUGAUAAUGAUUAAAUAUUUGAGGUAAGGUUAUAUCUCAUGCAAUGCUACUUGGAGGAAUUCUAUGAUGUGAAAACUAUAAUUUUGUUGAUCUGAUUUUACUUCAAAUAAGGCAUGGGAGUGAGUGGUCCUCAAAACUCUUGGUGUUUUUGGGUUUUUUUUUUUUGUUUUGUUUUGGGUUAUACUCUUUGAUUCCCAUAUUACAAUGCUAUAAGCAAUGCCCAGAAAGAAAAAUAAAAGGCUUAAAAUCUAAGAAUAAUGCUUCUUAAUGCUAAGAGGGUAUAAUAGUUAUUACUAAUCAAUUUGAGAAGGUUUCAUUUUUCAUGCAGUUUAUUCUACUUCUAGUUAGAGUAUAUACAUAUCAUGUUACUAAAGUGGCUGAAUAACCAAACCAAGCAUUCAUGUAAAAAGUUGUGCAAAGAUUUAGUUGUUUGUUGAAUCUUUCUUGAACAUCCAGCUUUUAAAAAGACCACUUAUUUAGGAGCCUGUACACUAUGCAUGAUGACAAUUUUUAUAUUUUAUUGAAAAACAGCCAUUGGUUUACUCAUCGCAUCUAUGGAA